UUUUAGUUCAGUUAUACAAAUAAGAUGUUUUUCUCACUGUUCAGUGUUAUCAACAUUUGAAACUAUUUUUGUACAUUAUUAUCCUCUCUGAUUUCUAAUCCUAUGCAGCUUUGCAAGGACUAAUAGGGAAUGUAUAGAGCCCAUGCGAGUUAAACCCUUAAUAAAGAGCAAUUUGCAAGUACAAUUCUCUCAUUAUCUUUUUUAUCGAUACUUCUGCAUAUUCAGUGAAAUCUAAAGAUUAGAGUUUUAUGAAUAAUUCAGUGUUUAGGCUGAUGUCUGAUUCAUGUGCUUCAAAUCUGAGAGGUGGUUUUGGAGGGAAGAGGAGGAAGGAUCCAGGGUUUAUUUGCUGUCUGUGAGGCUCCUCAGGAGUGUGGCGAUGCCUGGCACUGUGGUUCUCCUGCCCAUGGAGGAGCAGCCCUGGCACAAGCAGGGCUGUCCCCACGCUGUGCCACCUGGCUGCUGCUGCUGGUGCUAGGGGCAAGCAAGGGUUUGGACCCUCCUGCCAGCCCAGCCAGGUGCCAGAGGCAGCACAGAGCUACCAGAGAGGUGAUGGAUGGAUCCAGGAUGAGGAAAUGCACCCAAACCCUCUGUGGUGCCGGCCCCAGCAGCUCUCCUGUGCCCCCUCUGUCCCCUUCCUGGGGAAUUCCGAAAUGGACUGGAAAUGAAGCAAUAAAGAGGCUGGUGCUGGUCUGGGCAGGAGGAGGGUGUGUGGGGCUCCAGGCAGUGGGUCUAUCUCCCAGCUCCUUGCUCCAGACCUGGCUCCUACUGGCAGCCCAGCCAGGAUCUAGCCCCUGGGCUCAGGAGGUGGGCACAGAUCUUGACAAGGGUCAAGGGGGCAGUGCUUUUCAGGUCCAUUGCUAUGGCCUGCUGAGAUGGCCAUGAGCCAGUCCUGCCAUCACGUAAUCCUGCCUUACAACUCCCUCACAUUUCCAACACACAAUGCACACAAAAUCCCUGCGAGUCCUGCCUGAGGGGGACAGUCCCUGCAGUGGGGACAGCUGCCCUGUUCCUACACCACAGAGCCAUGGGUGCUGCACUCAGGUUCUCCUCACAAGCACAGGGGCUGCACGGAGGGGCCACGGAAGUGCCCAUGUCCAGGGCUGGGAAUGCUCUCCCUCAACAUGGGAUUCAGGGGGUGGGGUGCAUUGUUGUCCUGCUUGUGACACUUGGGGAUACUGGGGGAGAGUUGCUCCUCCUGUCUCUGCUGGCUCACCAAGCAGCUCUUCAUUUUCCUCCUCUCACUUGUGGAAUCCUCCCCUCCCACCACCAUCCAUUAUCAGUCCCAUUUCCUAGUGAGGCCAUACUUGGUAAGGGAGGCAGCACAUCCCACCUUCACACUGGCAAUGGGUCUGUGGGGGCCCGUGCUCUGGGCUGGUUCCCCGUGCACCCCACAGCACGAGUUGUCAGCAAGCUGCAAUCCCAGCACCCCAACACCCACCUUGCAGCAGGUAGAUGCCUUUUGUCUGCCUGUUCAGGGCAAUCACCCCGCAAACCCCCCAUCCCUCAUCCUUCCCCAGCCCUCUGCUUAGGUGUGCUCCAUCUCCCCAGCCCCUUACAAAGCUUUUUCAAAGGGUCAUCAGCUUCCAGACCCUGGCUUCCAUCAGGGCUUCCACCAUAGCAAUUAGCAGCUGCCAACCAGCACCUGCAGCCAGGCUGCUCAUCAGAUAAAUUGGAUGGAGGUGAGCUGGGUGUGGCAGUAGGGUUUGUGGUGCCGUGGGGAGAGCUGUCCGUGCCUGCUUGGGUUUGUGUGCUGCUAUGGCAGCCAAAGCUCCCGGCACAGCCCAGCGCGGCCAGGCCCAGCACCCUCCGACCCUGCAGAUGGUCAAAGAGGCACUGCGGGCCCAUGAUGAGAAGAAGGGAGCCUCUGUCGUGGCCAUCAAGCGCUUCAUCCUGGCCAAGUACCCCAGCGUGGACCCCAUCCGCCUCAAGUACCUGCUGAAGCAGGCGCUGAGCAAGGGGCUGAGCUGCGGGGAGCUGGUGCGGCCCCACAACUCCUCUGCUGUGGGGGCCACGGGCACCUUCAAGCUGGCGCGCCAGAGACCGCGGCACAAGCAGCAGCCGGGCCAGGCGGACCCUGAGGGAGGCCAGGCCCCAAAGCCAGCGCAGAAAGGGACCAGCAAGGGCCCCGUGGCAGGAGCAGAGCAGCAAGGUGCCACCAAGCAACAGCCAGCAGCCACCAGGCAGCCCAAGGCCAAGGCUGUGAAGGCCAAGCCUCGAGCAGCACAGAAGCCCAGGAGUGAUGGAGCGAAGCAGCCCCAAGGUGCGAAGCAGCCCCGGGCUCAUGGCACAGGGCCUGCAGGGCCCCCAGAAGCUGCCAGCCACCGCCAGGCCCCCCGAAAAGGACACUCGGGACCCAGCACAGCCCUGGCUGCUGAGAGUACGGGAGAGAGUGACAGCGACAGCAGCGACAGCUCCGCCAGUGCUGGGGUGAAGGGGCCCCAAAAGGCCCCCAGGGCGAAGGGCAAGGGGAAGGUGCCCAAGGGGGCACAGCAGAAUGCCCCCAAGGCACAGGGAGCUCAGGCAAAGAAGCCCCGGGUGACUCCAGGAGCUGGGCAGGGGAAGAAGGUCAGGCCCAAGAAAGCAGCUCCUGUGGCAGCAGAGAAAAAGGCUCCAUAGCGAGCUUAGCCCUGCUUCAGCUGGCCCAGCCCUUGGGGUCUGGGCUGGCUUCAGUCCCUAGGACAGGUUUUAAGUCCGUUCACCUCAUUCUAAUAAAGUUUCUUUACUUGCUUCAUGGAGUGCCGUGACUGCUGUGGGUCCCUGUCCCAGUGCUGAUACCCCUGAGCCGUGU